AUGGCUCUUCUUGAUAUUCUUGAAAGUCAGAACCCAUCGGAGGAGGUGGUUCGGUUUGUAACUGGUGUGAAUGCCGGAUACCAGUACUGGAAGGGUGAGUUGCAGCCGGAGAACAUAGAUUCCAAGCUUUUCACCCAUCUUUUUGCUGCCUUUGCUGAUGUAGGGAUCAACACUUCCACUGGUACCUACGAACUCAUCUUUCCUUCCGGGUAUGAGACUCAGUUUCAAACCUUCGCCGAAGCCGUGAAGAAAAACAACUCUGAUAUUAAAGCCAUCUUAUCCAUCGGUGGAGACAUUGAUCCUUCCGUUUUUGCCACAAUCGCUAGCCAACGUACUACCCGUGAUGCAUUCAUAGCAAUCUCCAUUGAUGUAGCCACGAGAUUCAAGUACGAUGGCAUUAGCCUCAACUGGCAGUAUCCCAACACGACCAAUGAUGGGACCAACCUCGACGCACUCGUCACAGAGUGGCGAACUGCCGUGAAGGAAGACGCGCCUGAGCUGCUUCUAACCGCAGCCGUGUACUACUCCCCAGAGUAUUAUCCCAUUGAAGCUAUCAAAAAUUCCUUGGACUGGAUCAACGUAGUGGCCUAUGACUUGAAGACCCCUCUCCCUCUUUCCUCAGCCAAUUCCACUGUACCGCCUGCUCCAUGGUACAAUCCAAAUCUCUCUCCUCAAAUUAUUUGCGUGGAGGAUGUCGUCAAUGCUUGGAUCAGUACUGCAGGCGUGUCGCCCAGCAAAUUAGUCCUCGGUCUUCCAUUUCAUGGACGCAGCUGGGUUCUGGAAACCAUGAAAUAUUAUCACUGGCUAAUGGAGCUGCGACUGAAGUAA